AUGGCCGGUUUUCAAGAGCACAGUUUGCAAGCAGUACCAGAACUACCACCUGAACAGGAGCGAGUGGAUUUGUAUGACGUGAACUCUCAGGGCCACAUCGGAGUCGUGGCCGGAGUUCUAGACACGUUUCAUAAAGCUUUCCGGCCCUGUGAAGAUGAAGACCAGCAGUUCCUAGACAUCGGAUGCGGUCCAGGACGUCUCACAGCUGAAUGCCUGUUCCCGCGCUGUCCAGCGUGCCGGAGGCUCGUGGCCGUAGACAAAUCCACAGCCAUGCUGAAGUUUGCGGCUGAAAAUUACCCUCACCCGAAGAUCGAUUACCUUGCACUCGACAUCGCGCAAGACGUGGAUGAGUUUGUGCGUGAGCAGGGCCAGUUCCAGCGGGUGUACUCCUUCCUUACGCUACACUGGGUCCGAGACCAGCCCAGGGCCAUGCAGAACAUCGAGCGGCUGAUGGCUCCCGGAGGAGAGUGCAUCUUACUCUUCAAGCGAAGUGUGCACUUCUUUGACUUCUUUGAAGCUAUGAUAAAUACGCAACGGUGGUCGAAGUACAGGGAGGGAACGACGCUCCAGAUCGAGAACAAGGUCUCCAUCCACCACAAGAUCCUUAUCCUGGUCCGCCUCCAGGAAACUAGGGACACGACCCGGGUGGAGAUCCUGGUCCAGAACUAG